AUGAACUCUGGAAACGAUAACUGGCACUCCUCCGGUGGGCCACCGUCGCAUCCUGCAAUGGAUCAGAUCAAUCAACAGCCUCGGCCCCUGGGCUCUUUCAAUCAAACUCCUUCUCAGCAGGGCCAGGCCUCACAACCCUCGGGCCCAGUGCUCCCCCCUCCAGCUGGUCCCUAUCAUUCCAGUCAAUCGGGUGGACACUCUCUCCCCGGGCUGGCCGAACUGAGCCAGACCCACGGAGGUCCGCACCAACCCUCAGCCUAUGGCCAACACACCGCAGGUCCGUCCCACAGCAGCGGGCACUCCCUCCCGGGCAUCGGGCAGGCGAUGCAGCAUGCGUCUCCCCAACUCAAUCGUGAGCGGGAGCGGGACUCCAGAGAACGCGAGAUCAUCGAGCGCCAACGCCAGGAAGAGAUGGCUCACCGUGAGCGCGAGCGCGAGCGCGAUCAUCGCGAACCAAUUGAGCGCCAGUAUGAGCGCCGUGACCAACCCCACCACCCAGUUCAAAGUCACACUGGCUCGAUUCCACUCCACCAACCUGUCGCCAACAAAGUCCCCAACUCCAUCCACGGCCCCGGCGGUCUUCUUUCGACUCUCGGUGGAAAUCCUCAAAAUGGCCAUCAGGGUGGUCCCCAAUCUGCGGCUGGUUUGUUCGGUCAGAUGCCACAUGGUGAAGGGACCCCUCGAUCGUACAUGCAGCAUCCUGGUGGACCCCCUGGACAGCCUAUGAUGGGCUACAAUGCAUCAGGACAGCAGAUUCCCGGAAAUGUUGCGGCUCUUGCUCAGGGUCAGCAGCCAAUUCUGAACGAUGCGCUCAGUUACCUGGACCAGGUGAAGGUUCGAUUCGUGGACCAGCCUGAUGUCUACAACCGGUUCUUGGAUAUCAUGAAGGAUUUCAAGAGUCAGGCGAUUGAUACUCCAGGUGUGAUCCAGCGGGUUUCGACUCUUUUCAACGGACACCCCGCCUUGAUUCAAGGAUUCAACACCUUUUUACCCCCCGGUUAUCGUAUUGAGUGCGGUACUGAGGACAACCCUGAUGCCAUUCGUGUGACUACUCCUUCUGGAACCAACACUUUGAGCAUGCCUCGCGCCGGACGUCCUUUCGAGACCAUUCCCAAUGCCCCGCCUACCAGCGACCCUCACGGUCGACCGGACUUCUAUCGUGACCAGCCCCGACCUGGCUGGCAACAAGGCCAGCAGCAAGACCAGCAGCAAGGUAGUGCCUCUGGAUCGUACUCCCCCGGCUCGAGAAUGAUGACCGGCAUGUAUGGUACGGAUGGGGCGGGCUUAGGCCAGGAUCACCAUUUCGGUUACCCCACUGCACAAGAGCAGCAGGUUGCAUCUGCCAUGACUCACCAGCAAGACCACCGUGGAGUGGCGCAGCUGCAAGGUGCCGCCUCAGCGGCAUCUGCUGGCCUGGGCCGACCUUCUCUUCUGGGAGUAUCCGGUGCUGGACAGAAUGCCAGCCUUACGCAGCCAAUGAACAGCCUGGCUGGUGUCGGAACUGGCAUGCUCCAGGGCGCUCAGGAUCUGAACAAGCGUGGACCUGUUGAAUUCAAUCAUGCUAUCAGCUACGUUAACAAGAUCAAGAACCGCUUCUCUAGUGCGCCGGAGAUCUACAAGCAGUUCCUUGAAAUACUCCAGACUUACCAGCGGGAGUCGAAGCCCAUUCAGGAUGUUUAUGGUCAGGUCACUCAGCUGUUCAACACUGCGCCUGAUCUCUUGGAGGACUUCAAACAAUUUUUGCCGGAAUCAGCCGCUCAUGCCAAACAAGUUGCAGCUCAACGCCAAGCUGAAGAGCAAGCUCCUCUUAGCAACCUUCGCGGUGAACCUGCCGGCUUCGCUUCUCAGACUCCCAACCGUGACGUCAAGAUGCCCCCACUCGGUCAAUUCAACGUCAAGGACCCCAAGGAAAGCAAGAAACGUCGCGGUGGACCCGGCGGUGCUGGCUCUAUCUCAGGACCUGCUGGUGCUGAAGCUGCUCGUCUGUCCGAGGCAGGCAGAGGAGGCCAAGGACAGUUUGGCAACGCCAGCAAGAGACCCAAGUACCACCAUGGCAAGCCUUCUAUCGACAUGGCCAACGUCUCUCCUACUUUGAUUCCUGCUCUUCCCGAACCCCUCCCACCUUCGGUUUCCAUGACUCCCAGCCAGGAAGAGAUCGCUUUCUUCGACCGCGUCAAGAAGUUCAUUGCCAACAAGCAGGUCUUCAGCGAUUUCUUGAAGCUCUGCAACCUUUACACCACCGAUCUUCUCGACCGACACGUCCUGGUCAAGCGCGCUGAGGGGUACAUUGGAUCCAAUGCCGAGCUGAUGAGCUGGUUCCGUCGUUUUAUGAGCGCCGAAGAACCAGAAGACAAGACCAUCGACCCCAAGGCCCACAUGGAAUAUGGCGUUGUCAACCUGGCUCACUGUCGCUCUCUGGGACCGAGUUACCGUCUUCUCCCCAAGCGUGAGCGCACAAAGCCAUGUAGUGGCCGUGAUGCGCUCUGCAACAGCGUUCUCAACGAUGACUGGGCAUCACACCCCACUUGGGCUUCUGAAGAUUCCGGAUUUGUUGCGCACCGCAAGAACCAAUACGAAGAUGCUUUGCACCGCAUUGAGGAGGAUCGCCACGAUUAUGAUCACCACAUUGAGGCUUGUGUCCGUACCAUUCAGCUGGUCGAGCCUAUCUGCCAGCAGUUCCUGCACAUGAGUGAUAGCGAACGAAAUGCAUUCCAAUUGCCCACUGGCCUCGGCGGGCAAAGCGAAGCAAUCUACCAACGCGUCAUCAAGAAGAUUUACGAUCGUCAACGCGGUGAGAAGGUCAUCCAAGACAUGUUCAGCCGUCCAUGCCACGUUCUUCCCAUUGUGCUCUUCCGCUUGAAGCAGAAGCUGGAGGAGUGGAAGGCCUGCCAGCGCGAGUGGGAUAAAGUCUGGCGCGAACAGAUGCAGCGCGCUUACUGGCGCAGUCUUGAUCACCAGGCGAUUGCCACGAAGCAAACCGACAAGAAGCUCUUCGUCGCCAAGAACAUCCAGCAGGAACUGCAGAACAAGUUCGAGGAUGGACUGAACCACCGCAAGAGCGGAUGGCCCAUGCCCAAGUGGCAGACUGAGUUCCAAUUCACCGACAUGGAGGUCCUCCUGGAUGCUGUCUUCUUACUUAUUCUGUACUUCGACCGAAGCACCAACGGCUUUGGCGCCGAGCCUCAGCGACUUAUCAACUUCGUCAAGGACUUCAUUCCUAUUUUCUUUGGACUGGACCGUGAGACUUUCAACCAGUACAUUGAUGAGGUCUCUAUUGCGAUUAAUGAUGAUGAGGACGCUUAUGCCAACGAGGACGCCUCCAACGAAAGCCGCAAGGUGGUUGACACGCAGAAGCUGGAUCUCUUGCGUGAGACCCUCGAGCGCGGAUACCAGAGCGAGAAGCCCGCCAAGGAAGAUGGUGUUCUCAGCCAUGACGAACCCCCCGUUAUCCGUGCUACUUCUACUGCCUCUGAAACUGAGGAGUCAUUUGAUGUAGCUGAGCUUCGAUGGAUGGAACACCCUGGCCAGGGUAACUUCAACCUGGAGCAUGAAUACACUUUAAAUGAGAAGUACAAGAAGAAGGAGCACCACAUGUACUCCAACCUGAACAUUCUUUGCUUUAUUCGCACCUUCGAGAUUCUCUACUCUCGUCUGCUGCGCAUCAAGGAAAACGAAGCCGAGGCUCGCGAGCAAGUUCGCCGGGGUCUUCUCCCCAAGCCAGCUCACGACUUGUGUCUGAUCGACCGCUUCCCUAAUGAUUUCUUCUAUGACGUUGAGCCCAAGGCCAACCUGUACAAGCAAAUUGUGCGCAUGUGCGAGGAGGUGAUCAAGGGUGACAUUGACCAGAUCCACCUCGAGGAAACUCUGCGCCGCUUCUACAUGCAAUCUGGAUUCCUGCUCUACAACCUGGAACGGAUUUUCUCAUCGAUCGCCAAAUUCGUCGCCUCCAUCUUCACCGGCGACUCCCGUGAUCGCAGUUCCGACAUUGCCAACCUGUUCUUCAAGGAACGCGAGAAGGAAGAGACCACUCACCACCAGGAAAUUCAAUACCGCAAACAGGUUGAGCGCCUCGUCAAAGACGGCGACAUCUACCGCAUUACUUUCAUCCCCACAGACCGCCGUGUCACCGUGCAGGUGAUGACAGCCGAAGACCCAACCCUCACCUCAGACGAACUCACCGCCGAAGAGCGCUGGUCCUACUACGUGACCGCAUAUUCCAUGCGCGACCCCACCGAAGGCCUUGAAGACGAAGAAGAGUACCAGCGCUUCUACCGCAGCCUGCAACACAACGACGGUCUGAUCAUCCGCAUCUGUGCCAACAACUACACAAUGCUGUACCAGCCCCAGAGCUCAGACUGGUUCUGGCGAUCCAACGCUCCAAUCCACGACCAGGACGCCGACGCGGAAACCAUCCAAGCCCAGGCCGAGGAGGCCGCCAAAGCCCUGGCUGCCUUGAAGGAGAAGCGCCACGACCGUUUCGUCGAGAAGUUUGUCAACAACCCCGCCUGGGCCCGCGGAAUGAGCAAAGACCAAGUCGACGAGGCCAACCAGCGCUUCCGCUCCUGGGUCCAUGGAACCCUUUCUACCCCUGCCCCUGUUGAGUCUGCCAAGCCUAACGGCGAGGCGAAGGAUGUUGAUGCCGAUACUGAGAUGACUGAUGCGGAGCCUGCCGAGGCUUAG